AUGGGUUCUGCGUCAGGAAGAUACAAUCACCCGGUAAUCGGAAAUGUCCAAGGCAACGAGGCAGACGGCGUUGUUCAGUUCCUCGGGGUUAAGUAUGGCGUUUUGGACCAUUGGUUUGACAACGCGAGGCUGCCAUCCUAUGAUGGCAGUGGCCUCAUUGCCAUGAAGCACGGCCCACAAGCCAUAUCGGAUCCUGCUGGCGUUGAUGUUGAACACCUGAUCAUCCAGAAGGCUCUGCCCAAACCUGAGCCUCCUGGUUGUUCAGGAACGGAAUGCCUCAAUAUGAACAUUACUGUGCCACAGGAAGCGUCUCCCUCGAGCAAAUUCCCGGUUAUGGUCUUCAUUCACGGAGGCGGCUUUUUUACGGGUGCCAACUGGUGGCCCCAGGUCGACACUAAGCAAAUUGUCCGACUUUCCAUCCAGCAAGGGCAACCCAUCAUUGCAAUAAAUAUCAACUAUCGCCUUGGCAUGCCUGGCUUCCUCACAUCUCUAGAAUUACGCGACGCAGGUUUUCAAAGCAACAACGGUCACCAUGACCAACGGGUAGCCUUGCGAUGGAUCAAACAGUACAUUUCUGGUUUCGGCGGUGAUCCUGAUCGUGUCACGGUCGCUGGUGAAAGUAUCGGCGGACUCUCUGCACUACGAGCUUUGAGUCCUGACGAGAAGCUAGCAUGGCGUGUCGUUGUGUUGGCUGGUGCACCUCCUCUCAUGACCCCACCCCCGCUUGAAACAGCUGAACUUCCGUAUCAGCAAGUUCUCAAAGCUCUCGAGGUUGAGGGUGGCUCUCCAGCCAAGCGAAUCCAGGCCCUGAAAGAUGCAUCCCCCGAGUAUCUAUCUGCAAAGAUAGACAAGGGGAUUAUGUUCACCCCCUUGGUGGAUGGCAAGCUUAUACCAUCCCAGCCAACAUUUGACGCCAUUCUCAACGGGAACCCACCAUGGAAGAACACUUCCUGCGAGGCUGCCUUUGUCGGCUAUGCCCCUCUCGACGCCAGCGUCCUUGGAAUCAUGGGUCUGUUCCAAAGAAAACUGGGGAUCGGAGCCGCAUUCUCUGACCAUGUGCGGUCGAAUUUGCCGCACCAGUCCCAGGUGGCAGACAAAUUGCUGGAAAUCUACAAGAUCAGUGACGAAAAAAGCGACGAUGAAGCCUUGUUGAGUAUCAUCCAAUUCGCCUCGGAUAUUGGGUACCGUGCAACAGCCCAUGCGUUGGCCAAGACAUUCCCAGGAGAGUCGUUCCUGUUGCAGUUCUCAGAGCCAAAUCCGUGGGAAGGCCCUUUUAAAGGCCACACCACACACGUACUUGACAUUGCAUUUCUAUUCCAGAACUACAACGACCAUCUAGACAGUCAGCAAAGAGCCUCAGCUAUACAGUUUGCCCACGACGUCAUUCUGUUCAUGCAUGACCAUGCGCCCUGGGACAACUUUCAGAAAAUCGGAGGCAUGGCCAUUUACGAGAAUGGGACCAAGAAGGUCGUGGAAGGUCGCGACACCAUGACAGAAGAAUAUGCCAGUAUACUUGAACUAGGGGACAUAGUUGGACUGGAUUUCUUGAUUCGGUCUACCGUCUGCACCAACAAACCUGUCGGACACGAUCAACUGUACUCAAUAUGGGUUGGUCGAUUCUUGUGGCCUGAUAUCAACGAGCUGGCGGCGCUAACUCUGAUUCUGAUGACUCAAAGCCCUCGAUGCCCACAGGUCCCUGUUGAUGUCGGUCAUUUACUUCGUAUCCCUUCUGAUGUCAAGCUCCCGAUAGAGCCUGAAGAUGAAUUCAACUGUCUCAACCUGGACAUCGUGGCGCCCAAGGAUUUUGCAUCGCAGCAGCAUAGACUGCCCGUCAUGGUGUGGAUUCAUGGCAUGGGGAUCUCAAGCCGUCACCUUUGGAAGCGCUGCAUCAGGGCUCUGUGCAAACGUAAAGAUUUUUCUGCCAUCGUCAAGGACUCUUUGAAGCUAGGUAAACCGAUUUUGGCUGUGUUUGUUCAAUACCGACUCAACAUCUUUGGGUUUGGCGAUGAGACGAGCGAAGGGAAUCUGGGCUUACGCGAUCAAGCCCUGGCGCUCGAUUGGGUGCGGUGUAACAUCUCGGGCUUUGGUGGUGACCCUGACGCAAUAACUCUGGCAGGUGAAAGUGCCGGAGCUGUGUAUAGUCACGCUCAUCUUGUGUGUCACGCACCUGCGAAGCAGUUCGUGCUGUCGUCAGGCUCAUUGCAUUUGUCGCCUCCCCAGCCAGUGGAGAAAGCUCAAUCUGUUCGUCAAGCAUUGAACCGACAUCUCCGUAGCCUUGGAGACUUUGACUUGCGGACCGCUCCUGUCGAGGUCAUGAUUGAGGCUAUAAAGGUGUCCGGGAUUCAGUCCUGGUUUCUGGUGGCCGAUGAUGUACUUCAAGACUGGAAGCAAAGCACAGGUAGUUCAGAGAGACUCCUUCUCAGCGAUGUCCGGAGUGAGUCCAUCAUCUGGAGAGAAGGUAUAUGGACAACAAGCAUCGACCGCAUCGACAACGCGUUCGAUUUGGCGAGUGAAUACAGCAGUGAGCUGAAGAGUCUUUACAAUAUCCGCGCUGAUAGGCCAUCCUCAUGCAGAAUCGGGGCCUUGGAUUUCAUCAACGACUACAAAUUCGUUCUCCCAGUGGAAAAGAUGACGAAGCAAUGGCGUCAAGCACAGAAGCCCGUCUUUCGAUGUCUGGUGGAUGAGGAGAACCCUUGGCAGUCGUCAAAUGGAGCUCAUCAUGGGAUCGACCUGGUUUUUCUGUUCGGAGGAUUUGAUUCGGGCCUCCCGGACGGAGCAAGGCGGACAGGGGAACACAUGCGCAAAGCGUGGAUCGACUUCAUCUCCCAACAGGAUCCUUGGCCGGCAGAGUCAUAUGCAGCUUUCGGCCCAUUCGGCAUGUGCCAUUCACUUGAUGAUAAGGACCUGGGCUCGCGAAGAAGAAUGCGUCAAGUGGCUUUUCUCAGCCAGCAGGACACGACUGGGUUGGACAGGGCGUUUGCCGCGCUGGCCACAGGCAACAUCAGCCUCCUCAAUUAG